GUUCUGAAUACUCAUGUACAUAAAGUACGUAAAUUUGUGCUCAACAUGCUUAGUCAACUUUAGAAUCUUCUUAGUUAAACUCGAUAGCUCCAGGUCAAAGCUGAGAAGUGAAAAGAGGAUGUUUGCAACGUUAAUAUGUUCUCUUUUUCUACUUAUGAGCACUCAAGGUGUUCCAACCCAUCAGGAUAAAUCUGGGGAAAAUUUUCCCCCGAUAAUCAUCAAAGGUCCUGAAGAUCAAGUUGUUCAUGAAACUGAGAGUGUGUUCCUUCACUGUAAAGUACAGGGACAGCCUUUCCCAACUGUAGAGUGGAUAAAACAGGAUGUGAGGGGUGAAUGGGUGGUAGUACGGUUAGACCAGAGAAUAAGGCAGAAAUAUGGAAUCCUAGAGAUUCAGCAUAUAGGACAUGCAGAUCAAACUAGUUACAGGUGUGUAGCACGAAAUGCUUGGGGUGAAACUAGUUCGGAUCCAGCUAAAAUACAGGUAGAAGGACUAAAACCUGAGUCUCCUUAUUAUGCCAGAAGUUUGCUGAGAGCUGAACAUUUAGCUGCUCAUGUGAAAUACAAUGAAAAUAAUUUACAAGACCUGCCCGGAUGUACGGUUUUGCCUGCUCCAACUGUGUGUUCCUACCAGGACCUAGAGUAUAGAACUUUCAAUGGUUCCUGCAACAAUCUCGUCAACACCAACUGGGGGGCUGCGGGCACAGUCAACCGGAGAUUAAUAAAACCAAUUUACUCUGAUGGAUUUAGCAGACCUAUAGGUGUUGUUGAUGAUGAAUUAUAUAACGGAUAUUCUCUCCCCAGUGCCAGGCUUGUCAGUAAUAUUCGUCUCAGAGCUCGCAGGACGCAGUACGAGAGAACACAAACUAGUUUAGUUAUGUUCUGGGGUCAAUGGUUAGCUCAUGAUAUUAUAGAUUCUGCUCCAGCUACCACAAGAGCAUCAUUUGAAACUGGAGUGUCCUGUAAUGAUUCCUGUAUCUUCUCUGAGCCCUGUUUUCCCAUCCCUGUUCCUCAUCAGGAUCCCAGCUUUACUGAAGGGUGUAUUAACUUUAGGAGGAACAGUCCUGCAUGUUUUUCAGGAACUGAUCUGAAAUAUCGUGAACAGAUCAACGACGUGACUUCCUACAUUGAUGCAUCUCAGGUGUAUGGAGUUAGCAAAGAAGUUUCUAGCUUAUUAAUGGAUUUAUCUACUGGAGAAUUAGCGACAGGAGAACCUUCUAAUUUUGGUGGGAAACCACUUUUACCUACAACAGACACAGGAGUUCCAGCUUUAUGCUUGCAGCGCAGUGUACCUCAUAAAUGUUUUGUGGCUGGAGAUGAACGAGUAAACCAACAUAUAUCCCUUACUUCAAUUCAUGUCAUUCAUAUGAGAGAACACAACCGUCUGGUUCAUAGUCUCAGGAAAAUAAACCCACACUGGAAAGCAGGAACUCUGUUCUAUGAAGCGAGGAAGAUUAUUGGCGCCUUCAAUCAGAUUAUUCAUUAUAGAGACUACUUACCCACACAAUUAGGAUCUGUUGGUAUGAAGAUGUUGGGUAAAUACAGGGGAUAUAAUCCUAAUAUUAAUCCUUCUCUUUCAAACUCAUUUGUAUCUUCAGCCUUCAGAGCGCCCCAUCCUUCUAUAGAUGAUGUUGUCAACUUCUUAAAGGAUUAUAAAAUGAAACCAGAGACAAUUCCCUUCAGUGAUUCCAUGUUGAACCCGAAUCUAAUUCUAGAAAAGGGAAUAGAUUCACUAUUAAUGGGAAUGAUCUCAACUAGGAACAAGAUGAUUGAUCCCAGGGACUCCUACAGCAGAGAGAUUGUAGAUAAUCUAUUCAAGAUGGAAAAAGUUCACGGUAGUGACCUCGCAGCCUCUAAUAUUCAGCGAGGACGGGAUCAUGGUAUACCGCCCUAUGUUGAUUUCCUCAAGUUCUGUGGUAUUGCAAAUAUUAAAACCUGGAGGGAUCUAUGGCCCUUGAUCCAGGACGAGCGUAUACUAGGAGAACUACGUCAUCUGUACAGUACACCUGCAAACAUAGAUCUGGUUGUUGGAGGAUUUUCAGAGAAGCUGUUGGAAGGAACAAGGCUAGGACCAACAUUUCUCUGCCUUCAAGUUGAAAGUUUCCGAAGAUUACGUGAAGGGGACAGGUUCUGGUUUGAGAAUCAACAGUUUACAUCUGAUCAGCUCAAUCAGCUAAUGAAGAUUAGUUUUGGGAAGAUGCUUUGCGACAAUGGAGAUAAUAUCAGGUCUGUGCCCCGUGAUGUGUUUGUGUACAAGGAGAACUUGGACCUGGUAGACUGUACAUCUAUCCCGGAUAUUGACCUGGAACCUUGGAGAGAAACUGUAUGAUGGGAUAAACCAGCAGCUAGAACUAACAAUAUGGAAUCUAAUGUUUUAUGAGAUAAAAAUAUAUAUCUUUGCAUUUAUAGUUUUAUGUUAUAAAAUAAAUAUUUUAAGUUUA